AUGCCAAGCGAUGGAGUUUCGGCUCAUAUUUCUACUGAGAACAUCGUUGUUUCAACGAUCGUAACUGUGAUUGGUAUUUCCGGUCUACUGUCGAACGGUGCUGUAAUUAUUUCGGUAUUAUUCAAUUCACAAAUGCGAAACUCCUUCGGGGUAUUGUGUCUCUCCCAUGCUGUCGCUAAUAUCGGUGUGAUGUUAAUUUGCAUCUUCUGGUUGACGCCAACGACUAUUAUGGCAACUGUUGUUACUGAUGAGUCAUUUGGGAAAGUAAUGGGCCAGCUAAAUAUUAUGUUUUGGGACGUGUCCGUUUAUUCGCAUCUAACGAUUUCACUUAAUCGAGUUGUUGCGAUUAUAUUCCCCUAUCACGCUUCUGAACUGUUAUCCACUAGGAAUACGUUUAUAGCUGUUGCUGUUGAUAACUUGGACAAGAUGAUCUCACGAUCUCCUCAUAACAUGACCAAUGAAGCGAAGAGGACGAGAAAGAUGGUAAUGUUUUCCACGUGUCUUACGGCGGUAGCUCUCUCCAUGCAGUCAAGACUCUCCACGGUUAACGGUGCUGUCCAAGUCUCAGUGCAUCGUGAUAAGGCCAAUCGCGAAUAA